AACUUGGACAUCCACGGUCCAGCUCCAGCUCCAGCCCCACCUUCCAGAAACUGCUCGUACGAUCUCAAGAACGCCGCCUCCCCGGUUCCCGCACCCCCGUCGCCGCGCCGGUAGUCUGCCCGUCGCCGUCUCCUCCUCCAGAUCUGACCCGCCUGUCAACGUAGUCUGCCGGGAGUCCAUCACUGUGCCGGGGCGUUACUCCUCACCGCCGCUGUGUUGCCUCUUCUGCGGGGUUGAGGUAUUCCCGCCUGCUGGGACAAGUUUGCUUGCGCCUGCAAGCUGUUCGACCAAAUGCUUCUUCGAAGGAAAUUAGUCUCUCCCACUUGUUUUCAGCACUGCUAUUUUAAAACUAGGAAGAACACCAGAAUAGGUAGGAAGAAAAUUGCACUAUGUCUUGUCAAACAACUUAUUAUUCGCUGUAACCGAAGCAUUUGUGCCUCCCCACCAGAAGCAAUUAGUGAAAGCACUCUAACCUUGUUUAUCCACGCUUGCGUGCUAUAAGUUUGAUACUAGUAUUCGUCUACAAUCGUUCUAUCGGUUUAACGCUUCUACCUGUUAGAAAUUGGCCCUUGUUAUCAGAAUCACAUUGUCUGAUGCUUUGGUUGCUUUGUGCUAUUCAAAUCAGUAUGCUUAAACUGGCUAAACACGUGAUGUUCAUGUAGUCCAUGCCAUAGCUAGUAGACAUUUAUUCAAGCACCAUUUGUUCUACUUCUACCUCAGGUUUCUUCAAACAUUUCAUCUUCCACAUUGAUUUUUUGCUCCUUGAAUAAUUGCUCUUCUGUGUGUGUUGUGGUGCUGAGGUGGAAUUUAUGGAUACACGCUGUUGAGCUAAUCACACCUAUUGGUCAAAUCCAUGAAGGUGAAGGCGAAGGUGAAGCAGCAGGAUGGGUCGGAAGGCCGGUGCUUUGUACAUAAACCCAAAGAAGUUUGGUGCUAUGGCGAAGCCCUGCAUGCCGGAAAUGGUUGCCUUCCUCAACUGCCUAGCCUUAAACAAACAGAACGAUGACAAGUGCAUCAAGCAGAAAGAUCUUUUGGUUGCAUGCUCUCAGGCUCAGAAUGGGAGGCCAAAGAACGCAGCCAAGACCAUCAAUUACCAUCUCCAGCGACUUGGGCGAGGCAAGUUCCUCUAGGUGCUGUGUGAGAUCAUUUCUUCAUCCAGCUUUAUGCCUUGUACCGAAGUAGAAUUGCUGAAAUGGGGCAUUAAUGUGUUUGCUUAGAUUGGACAAUGAUCAGCAAAUAAUUUUAUGUCAAACAGUAAUGUAUGAGCAGUAUAUUGAUACUGUUUUCUUCUCAUCCUAUGAAGGCACAUUACAGUUACGUUUUCCAUCUA